UUAAAUUGCCAUGACUGCAGGUAUUAGAGUUGAUCCACCACUGGUUGAAUUCAACAAUGUGAGAGUCGGCAACGUUUACAAGACAACAGUCACGGUAACGAAUGUGGGGAAAACGCUGAAGAAAAUAAAAUUUAAAAAGCCCAUUACGAAGUUGUUCAAGUUUACGUCAUCCAGCCCAGCUGUGUCUUUGGCUCCCGGUCUUUCUGUGAACGGCUUGGUUGAGUUCACACCAGACAGAAACGAAGAUGUCAGUGACUGCCUUCUGCUUGAUAUCGAAGAGAGGGAGACCAUAGAAAUCCUGUUAAAAGCGUUCUGUCGGACCUGUUCUUUCUCGAUGGACCCAAUGAUUGACUUUGGCUGUGUUGCAGCCAGCAGUCAGGUGAUCUGGAAACAUCACCCUGUGACCAAUCAUGGAUCAGCACCAGGGAUGUUCCAGGUGCAGUACAGUGGAGAUCCUGCAGUCACAUUCUCGCCCUGUAGUGGAGUCAUAGCGCCUGGCGCCACCCAGUGGCUGAAAGUUGACCUGCGCACAGACAGACCGAGGCAGAUUCACGAGAAGGCUUUGGUGAAACUCCAGAAUGGUUCCAGUGUAGCUCUCAGUGUCAAGGCUGAAAUGGUGGACCAACACCUUGAAGUCUUUGACACCCAGGGAGUUCCACUAUCCUGUGUAUGGUUUGGACCGGUCUACUUUGGGACAUCCCGUGUAGAGAAUGUUGUUCUGAAGAACAGUUCACCUGAGGCCUGCGAUUGGGUCUGCUUGCUGCAGGACACUGCUGCUGGGACUGAAGCAGGAACAGACCUACAGAAGAGUGCAGAUGCUACCCUGCUAGAGAAAAUGGAGAGAUACUCUCAACCCAGCCAGAACAUCUCUCAGGUCUUGGCAUGUUUCCCCCAAGAAGGUCAUCUGGAACCGAAUGAAAUGAGGACUGUGACAGUCCACUUCAACCCAGUCUGCAAGAGGUCACGAAAGCAGCAGACACAUCAAAAUGCAAAGGAUAAUUCGUCCAGCCGGCAUGACUACUGUCUGUUCCUACUGUUUGAGUCAUUGAGAAGCAAACAUGGUUUCACUCACAAAAGAGGUAACAGCAGUGUGGAACUGGCAGUGAUGGGUUCUGGGCUUCCUGUGUCCCUGGUGCCCAGUCCAUCACACAGCUUUGAUUUCCACAGUUGUGUUAUCGGCGAGCGUGUGGACAUGCUGUGUGUUUUGCAGAACCUCUGCCCUCAACUUCCUGUCAACUUUCACUUCCGCAAGUUGGCACAUUUUUCCACAGAGCCCUCUACUGGCAGCAUUGCCCCAGGCCAAUGCCAGGAUGUAGUUUUAUCUUUCAAUGCACAACAGCAAGGAAGUUUCCAGGUGUGUCAAAAGUUGGAUGUCUUAGGUCAUGUUUGCCAGAGGGGCGACAAUACGUCUGAAGAAGCAGCUGCACUCCAGCUUCGCACCUUCUACACCAUCAACCUACAGCUAUCUGCUGUCUGCCACAGUGAAACCAAAGACCCUGUCCCCAAGUUAAAUCCAGGCAUCACUCCAACAGUGACCAGUCCAGCUGGGUGUCAGCCUCACGUUGGGACCACCGAGCUGACGCAGUGUCGUGACAAGGCAUACGCCGCCAUCCUCUGUGCAGAGAAAACAAAAAUUCAUAUGCAUCGCAUACAGCAGAGCCACACCAAGGAGGGAGAUGAGUUUCUGGCUUUUCCUAAUGACCGAAUCUCGAGCAUCAGGCCUCCCUCUCCUCACACACAGUACAGGACAAUUUUCACUGGUGUACAUCGCUAUCACUACGUAGACACCGACUAUGCUUUCACAGAGGAGGAGGCAGAGCAGAGACGCCUACAUCGGCAAAUUUACGCAGACUUUAUCGACCAACUCAGGAAGACACGUCUGCAGAAGAUGAAUGAGAGACAGGAAAUAAAAGUGAAGGAUGAGCUAGACAUUGGAAUAGUUCCUUCUCAAGGACUUGUUCCUCCUGCACUUAAUAUCAGUGACCUAAAAAUCCAUAAGACUAAAGAGACAAAGCCAAGUCACGCCAACAGCUCUUCAUUAGCAUCCACCUGCACUCGUCAUCUUCACGACAUCACAUCUGUCACUCGACAGGUGACAGAGGUUGUGAAUGCAAUUCCCUCUUCCAGCCAGGAGAUGGCAGACUGCAAUAGGAAUCUGACCCCUCUGGAACUCUACCAAGUCAUCAUAAGACCAUUGUUUGUGGAUUUUGGUGAGGUAUGUGCGCAGUCGGUGUGUGUCCAGAAGCUGGAGCUGAUUAAUCGUCUGUCAGCGUACGUCCUGAUAGAGCUGGAGAUAGACUGCCCUGAGCUGCAGGGCUCCUCACCUCCCUCACACAUCCUACCACCCUGCUCCCAGUCCUCCCUACUGUUAACAUUUCAAAGCAACAAGCUGGGACACUUCUACAGACCUGUCCCCUACUCUGUGAACCAGCAGCACACUGGUCAAAUACUGGUCCAGGCUCAGGUUGUGCCUAUGGCACUGGAACUUUGCACCAACUUGCUGGUGCUCCGUCCCAACAAAACAUUGCUUGCCCAUUCAGGAUACCGGAGCUCAGUUACUAUUCGAAAUAAGCGUAACCACCCAGCUGAAUUCACAUGGAGACCAGCAGUCACUGAGGGAAACAUCCAGUUCUCUGUUCUACCUGCUGCAGGUACAGUGGAGGCAUACUGUGAACUGGACUGUGAGGUGGUGUGGUACCCCUCUUUCUCCUUCACUUCAGAAGGAGACUUUGACCUCUGUGUCCAUGAGGGGAACACGCAGCGUCUUCACUGUAUUGCAAAGGUUAAACCCACUAGUGUUCACUUAGCAGAGGAAAGAUUGAUAUUUGGAUCUGUGCCUGUCAGUAUGCCUUCUGUCAGGACUGCAAUCUUACAGAACACAGGACAGAACCACUCUUACUAUCAGGUUCUUGACGUGUGCCCAAUGCCUGGCAUGACGGUAAAUUCACCUACGGGCGUGGUGCCCUGUGGUGGACAGGCUGAACUCCAAAUCCACUUCAGCCCGGACUCUGCCAUCAAGUUUGACACCAAAAUUGAGAUUGCUCUGAAGAACAUGAAGUCCAUUGAGCUUCGAGUGGGCGGAUCUGUGGAGCCUCUGAAUCUACACAUUAAUGCUUCCCACUUCCACUUCUCUGGGAUACAUGUUGGUUCUCGGCGAGCGAUACCGUUCUCUUUGACAAACCGAUCAUCAGCAGCAGCCCAACUGACCUUUGAUCUUUCACAGUAUCCAGACUUUGCACUUCAGCAUCCACAGGCCUCAGCAGAAACAGAGCAGCAGAUACAGGGAGUGGCUCUUGUGGAGGUCCAGGGUCACCACACUGUGGACUGCUCACUUGUGUUUUCCCCAUCCCAGGUGGCCAGUUAUGAGUUUGAGCUACCACUGUCAGUCAGCGGUGUGAGAUGUGGCAUACCUUCUCCAUCCCCGAGUCUCACCUCCGCCUCUUGCUCACUGCCAUCUAAAAGCAGGAACCUCAUCAUCAGACCAUUUCCCAAGUCUGUUAAUCUGGUCACUGGUCUACGACACAUACAUGCUACAGUGCUGUUUGCCCCACUUGAGAUGUCCCCAUCUAGCCUCCAGUUCCAUGUGGAACCUUUGGUAUCACUGUCUGAUGUUUACUCUGAGAUGGUUGAGCUGAAAUCGGUGUGUGAAGAGAGUGUGGGUUGGUGGUUUGAUUGUGAUCCACAAGGACGUGACACUGAAGGAAAUUUACUCACUGUGUUCCCAUCAUCUGGGGUUCUGGCACCUGGUCAGUGUGUUUGUUUGGCUGUCAGCAUCAGGACUCAGGCUUGUAGUACAGUGUCUGCCAGAGUGACCAAACUGUCACUCCCACUUUACCUGGGCAACAAAGAACAGCAGCAAAUAGGAGCAGAGGAAGGACAUGAGCCAUAUCGAGAGCUGUCAGUUUCUGUCACCGUUCUGCGCCCAAGUAUCACCUUCCACCCUCCUGAUCUCAUCCUCACACCAUGGAACCACAGUAUCAGCAGAAGUGGAUCUAAAGGAUGGGUCAAAGGCAGAGCUUGUAUCUGUCAAUCUUUCUGCAAGGCACACCAUCCCGGCACAGAAUACUCUCUGGAAGAAUGUGUCCCUGUGUUUGUUUACAAGAGGCAGUCAGGUAACAGCAGUGUGGAACUGGCAGUGAUGGGUUCUGGGCUUCCUGUGUCCCUGGUGCCCAGUCCAUCACACAGCUUUGAUUUCCACAGUUGUGUUAUCGGCGAGCGUGUGGACAUGCUGUGUGUUUUGCAGAACCUCUGCCCUCAACUUCCUGUCAACUUUCACUUCCGCAAGUUGGCACAUUUUUCCACAGAGCCCUCUACUGGCAGCAUUGCCCCAGGCCAAUGCCAGGUCAUGUUUGCCAGAGGGGCGACAAUACGUCUGAAGAAGCAGCUGCACUCCAGCUUCGCACCUUCUACACCCAUCAACCUACAGCUAUCUGCUGUCUGCCACAGUGAAACCAAAGACCCUGUCCCCAAGUUAAAUCCAGGCAUCACUCCAACAGUGACCAGUCCAGCUGGGUGUCAGCCUCACGUUGGGACCACCGAGCUGACGCAGUGUCGUGACAAGGCAUACGCCGCCAUCCUCUGUGCAGAGAAAACAAAAAUUCAUAUGCAUCGCAUACAGCAGAGCCACACCAAGGAGGGAGAUGAGUUUCUGGCUUUUCCUAAUGACCGAAUCUCGAGCAUCAGGCCUCCCUCUCCUCACACACAGUACAGGACAAUUUUCACUGGUGUACAUCGCUAUCACUACGUAGACAGACCCGACUAUGCUUUCACAGAGGAGGAGGCAGAGCAGAGACGCCUACAUCGGCAAAUUUACGCAGACUUUAUCGACCAACUCAGGAAGAACGUGACAGAGGUUGUGAAUGCAAUUCCCUCUUCCAGCCAGGAGAUGGCAGACUGCAAUAGGAAUCUGACCCCUCUGGAACUCUACCAAGUCAUCAUAACAGCACACUGGUCAAAUACUGGUCCAGGCUCAGGUUGUGCCUAUGGCACUGGAACUUUGCACCAACUUGCUGGUGCUCCGUCCCAACAAAACAUUGCUUGCCCAUUCAGGAUACCGGAGCUCAGUACUAUUCGAAAUAAGCGUAACCACCCAGCUGAAUUCACAUGGAGACCAGCAGUCACUGAGGGAAACAUCCAGUUCUCUGUUCUACCUGCUGCAGGUACAGUGGAGGCAUACUGUGAACUGGACUGUGAGGUGGUGUGGUACCCCUCUUUCUCCUUCACUUCAGAAGGAGACUUUGACCUCUGUGUCCAUGAGGGGAACACGCAGCGUCUUCACUGUAUUGCAAAGGUUAAACCCACUAGUGUUCACUUAGCAGAGGAAAGAUUGAUAUUUGGAUCUGUGCCUGUCAGUAUGCCUUCUGUCAGGACUGCAAUCUUACAGAACACAGGACAGAACCACUCUUACUAUCAGGUUCUUGACGUGUGCCCAAUGCCUGGCAUGACGGUAAAUUCACCUACGGGCGUGGUGCCCUGUGGUGGACAGGCUGAACUCCAAAUCCACUUCAGCCCGGACUCUGCCAUCAAGUUUGACACCAAAAUUGAGAUUGCUCUGAAGAACAUGAAGUCCAUUGAGCUUCGAGUGGGCGGAUCUGUGGAGCCUCUGAAUCUACACAUUAAUGCUUCCCACUUCCACUUCUCUGGGAUACAUGUUGGUUCUCGGCGAGCGAUACCGUUCUCUUUGACAAACCGAUCAUCAGCAGCAGCCCAACUGACCUUUGAUCUUUCACAGUAUCCAGACUUUGCACUUCAGCAUCCACAGGCCUCAGCAGAAACAGAGCAGCAGAUACAGGGAGUGGCUCUUGUGGAGGUCCAGGGUCACCACACUGUGGACUGCUCACUUGUGUUUUCCCCAUCCCAGGUGGCCAGUUAUGAGUUUGAGCUACCACUGUCAGUCAGCGGUGUGAGAUGUGGCAUACCUUCUCCAUCCCCGAGUCUCACCUCCGCCUCUUGCUCACUGCCAUCUAAAAGCAGGAACCUCAUCAUCAGACCAUUUCCCAAGUCUGUUAAUCUGGUCACUGGUCUACGACACAUACAUGCUACAGUGCUGUUUGCCCCACUUGAGAUGUCCCCAUCUAGCCUCCAGUUCCAUGUGGAACCUUUGGUAUCACUGUCUGAUGUUUACUCUGAGAUGGUUGAGCUGAAAUCGGUGUGUGAAGAGAGUGUGGGUUGGUGGUUUGAUUGUGAUCCACAAGGACGUGACACUGAAGGAAAUUUACUCACUGUGUUCCCAUCAUCUGGGGUUCUGGCACCUGGUCAGUGUGUUUGUUUGGCUGUCAGCAUCAGGACUCAGGCUUGUAGUACAGUGUCUGCCAGAGUGACCAAACUGUCACUCCCACUUUACCUGGGCAACAAAGAACAGCAGCAAAUAGGAGCAGAGGAAGGACAUGAGCCAUAUCGAGAGCUGUCAGUUUCUGUCACCGUUCUGCGCCCAAGUAUCACCUUCCACCCUCCUGAUCUCAUCCUCACACCAGUACCUCUGGUGACUGAAACAACAGCCACAGUGACCUUACUCGCUGUGGGAUAUCCUGGUGGAACCACAGUAUCAGCAGAAGUGGAUCUAAAGGAUGGGUCAAAGGCAGAGCUUGUAUCUGUCAUCUUUCUGCAAGGCAACACCAUCCCGGCACAGAAACACUCAGCAGGCUUCCAGGACCAGGAAACCAAUGAGACCUCUUUAAUGUGCAGUGUGACCUUCUCCUCUGCUGUACCUCUGUCCAUGUGCACAUACAUCACCUUCACUGACCACCUUCACAACAGGUUCCAGAUGAAGGUGUAUGCUGUAGCUGACAACUGUUUGCUAACAGUCUGGCCAUUCAUGGCCCUCCUCCACUCCCACCAACAAAUAGUUCUUCACACUGGAGACACAACUGUUCAAACAGCGCCACAGUGCUGUCAUCUGCAAAUUCCAACAUCUGCCCCUGAUUCAUCUUCAUCAUUUUAUCAAAACAUCUCAAGCAAGAUCACAAAUUCAGACUGCUUUCCAGACAGCGACAGCUUGAGUGGUUAUGCCUACAAGGAUCAGGCUCCAGCCAGUCUUGGCAUCCCACAAUUUCCUGCUGCUAACACAGAAGAAGAACAUUAUUACAGCAGAGUCUUACGAGCUGUGGAGAGGUGGUUUAGCUUCUUUGGCUGGCCUGGCAGACCAUACCCCAUUUCUGUACCUCACACUCUGAGAAGGCUUGUUCCAAAAAUUCAAACCAGUCCAUCCAGUGGCCAGACAUAUCGUGUAAAUGUAAAUAUAGACUCCAGGUCUGUAUUUGAUAUGCUUCAUCACCUGACUGGAAAACAGAUUCCUGGUAUUCCUCACAGCUGUACCUUUUCCAGAGAUAUAGACCAGCGUACUAAUCAGCUGCUACAGCAGUUUGAAGCAAUGCUUGCUUUUCUGAGCAUACAGGGAGGCUGUCUGUGUCACAUCAAACCAGCGUAUUUACUGGACAGAGAAGAGUUCUAUCACUGGUGCUCCCUCCAGUUAAAGGAAAAAGGGGAGGGAUGGAUGUACAGCGAUGCUGACUAUGAAUCUCUGAGCAAACAAUGCUGGACUGAUGUGCUGCUGCAAAUAUAUAAGGUGCUGGUGUUGUGUCGUGUAUCAGAGAGACAUUUGAACACAAACCUCAGCCAGAAAGACACCAGAGAAAUUCUGCCAGUCGGUUUACAAUUGCAGGCCAGUAACAUCUACUCUCCCUGGGAGCUCCAGCUGCUCUCCUGGCUCAACGCGCAGUACCAAAACAUGAAGAAAACCAUCUGGAGUACAGAUGCUGUUCCACCAGCACGCUGGGUUAUAAAUUUUGACCUGGACUUGGCAGAUGGGCUGGUGAUGGGUGCUGUGCUUUCUGCCUACUGCCCUUACCUGAUCCGCAGCCAUUUCCAGAGAAUGUACACCACAGCUACCAGCCUGGAUCAGAUCUUACACAACAACAUCAUAAUAGUCCAAGCUUUAACCACACUCUGUCUCAACAUAGACAUACAGCCCACAGACUUGUCAAAUCCUAACCCAGUACAGAUGUUAAUGCUUUGUGUCCACCUGUACGGGAGGUUGCCUCAGUACCUGCCAGUGCGCACCAUCACUUUGUCAGGAGGCUUGCACAGCACCUUUAUCAAGAAGGUGCGGCUGAAAAACCCAUCCCUUAAAGCUGUAAAAUAUCAGGCCUUCAUUUUAGGAGAGGACGCCCAGCUCUUCUCCCUCCCUGAUGGAUCUGCUGUUACUAUUCCCCCAAAUGCAAGCAUUGAACUGACCAUCCAAUAUAGCUGCUCCUUCCUGCAGCCAAUGGAAGCAGUACUUCUGCUUGUCUCCAGCUCUGUUUUUGGCCUGUGUGGGACCACUCUCACCUUCAAUCUGAAGACCCACAUCAGUGACAUCAUACCCACAAAAACUGUAGAGUGCAAGUGUCCGUGCUAUCAGCUGAAACUGAUCCAGCUCCCAGUAAUGAACCGUUUCAACAAGAAAGCUAGCUUCAGGGUGAUUCUGCUGGAAUCAAUAUUCAAUCCACUGGAACCUGAAAAACCUGCAAGUCUCAUUCAACAGGCUUUCUCCAAAAUAAGUUCUUCUGCAGAGAAGAUGACCACAGAGCACAGCUGUGAAGAGUUGGAUGGGAAGUGCAUAGAUCUCAAUGUUGAAGCCAGUGAUUUCUUGAGUACAGUGAAGAGUGUUUGUCUGAAUGCUGGAGAAGCUCACACUCUGAACAUCCACUACCUGCCAUUCUGUCCAGGCAACAAGUGCUGCUUAGUACUACUCGUCUGUCCACAGGUGGGCGAUAUGGUGUACCUGGUGACUGUGACAGCAAAGCUACCACUCCCUUCCCCCCUCACAGCCAGGCCUGGUUCCAACAUAGUCUCACUCCCCAGUACUUCAAGAGGCUCGAGUGUGUGUGAACCAGUGCUAAGCCUUCACUGCGUGGUGGGACAGGUGUGUAAUGAGGUGCUGCGUGUGCCACUAGUCAACAUGGCCCGGGAGCAAGCACUGGCUAUAUGGGGUCAGCUCAGCAUGAGUGCCGAGGAGCAUAGAAGAAGGAUGCUGACACAAACUAUGCACAGCAGCACCUUGAGGGCAGCCAUUUUAGCAUGCAAGCUCACCAAACAACAGGUCCAUCUGUUGAGAAGUGUUGGUGUCAGUGAUGGAGUCGAGUACAGUGUGGCAGUUUCUUUGCCAGCGCACUUUAAAUUACCUACAUCUGUUACAAUGCCUAUAAGAAAAGACUCUAAGAUACAACUGGAAGAUAAUCCUGCAGAAAAUGAAUGUUUGGAAAUCCCAUUUCAAUUCAAAGCGGACUCUGCAGGACAAUUUACGUGUCAGCUGAGCUUGAGGUCUUGGUGGGAUACUCGGGUGUACCUGCUGGUGGUGCUGGCGACUCCACAGGGCAAGCUCUCCAUGUAUAAUGACCAUGAAGGAACCAAGCCCAUGUUGACCCUCAGAGGAAUAGGAGAGCACCGCCUGCCUGUGGACCACGUGGUAUUACACUGCACUGUCGGGCAGACAACAACCACACAGCUCAUCGUCCCCAACUUUACCCAGAAUAAACUGGCCCUUCAGGUGAUGACAGACCUGUCUGUUGUGAGUGGUUCACCCUCCCUGAUGAUCAAACCUGGCUGUAAUACUCCGUAUUCCCUGGCUGUGUCACCUUGGAAGCGAGGAAAGCACUCAGGCUCCGUGUCAUUUGUAGCAGUUAAAGAAGCACAAGAGGCUCAGAGAGACAAAUAUUAUCCAGUGAAUGCACUUGGAAGCUAUGAGGUAUAUUUCACUCUGGAGAUCAUUUGUGAGCCGGCAGAACCUGUCAGGUCCAUACAAGUACAAUGCGCCAUUCAAAGCUCAGUUGCUAUUGAGAUCCCUGUCAAUAACCCAAGUGGAGAGAUGCUGAUAAUUGAUGUGCAUGUGGAUGGAGAUGGCGUGAGUGGAAACAGCUGGAUUUCAGUUCCCCCAGCAGAGAUGCUCAUCUACAAGGCCACAUUCUCCCCUGUCAAUGUAGGAAAGAGCUCUGGCAGUGUGAUUUUCCAGUCGCAGCUUGUGGGGGAGUUCUGGUACCAUCUGGAGCUUUAUGCUGUUCCUUCUCCAGUCGUUACUGGACAGCCGAUCCAGAGUCGACCGGUCAAAUAAGUGCACCUUACUCACAGCUUCUGGCCUGAAAAUGAGGCCUUAAUUUACAAAGUAU